GGCACAUUUCACAUGCUGUAGCCUACUGUAGCUGCAACACCAAUGUUAAGGACGCGAGUUGGAUCGUAGCAGAAACAAAGCGCAGGCAGGAGAGCAGCCUGCAGAGUAGCAGUGAAGAUGAAGUCCAGCAGGACACCUCCGGACGGGGGGUACGGCUGGGUGGUGGUCAUGUCGGCCUUUUUCAUCAUGGGUCUCACUGCUGCCGUCCUCAAGAACUUUGGCCUCUUCUUCCUGGACAUCCAGAGUCACUUUGGAGUUCUGACCAGCACUACCUCAUUGGUCACCUCUACUACAAUCGCCAUUUUUCACCUGGGAGCUCCAGUGGCCAGUGUGCUGACCUUACAGUUUUCUCAGCGAGUGGUCAUCAUAGUCGGAGGUCUGCUGUCUGCCUCCGGGAUGUUGCUGGCGUCUCUGGACCUCAGUCUGCCCUGGCUCUACCUCACCAUGGGAAUCUUGCAAGGAACAGGCAUUUGCCUCUCGUGGAUCCCUGCCAACAGCAUUGUGAGCCACUACUUUGUACGGUGGCGUCCCAUCGCCUACGCCAUUGCCAGCUCUGGGGAGUGUGUCUUCGCCAUCUUGUUCAGCCCCUUCUUCCAGUGGCUAAUUGAGUCGUACGGCUGGCAGGGUGCCUUGCUCAUCAUCGGAGGCCUUCAGCUCAACCUGUGUGUCUGCGGUGCUCUCAUGAGACCCCUGGAGGCAAUCCAGAGCCCGUUACAGAAAACCAAAUACAAUCUAGAAAGCGAUGCUGCUGUGCUCCCACCAAAGAGGAAGGUUAUCUUCCAGUUCUCCCUGAUGAGAAAACCUGAACUACUCCUCUACAUCCUGUUUGCCAUCUUCGCAGCGGCAGGGUUUUUCAUCCCACCUCUCUUUCUAGUGCCCUUCGCAAACAGUUUAGGGACGGAUAAGUACUGGCCAGCUUUCACCCUAUCUAUCCUGGCAUUAGCAGACCUGGUGGGGAGGCUGCUCUGUGGGUGGAUGGCCAAUAUGAAGCUGGUGAGGAACCUGCAGCUGCUUACCAUCAUGGUCACUCUGCUCGGGGUAGUGCUCCUGCUGCUGCCCAUAAGUAACAACUACUGGACCCUCCUGGCCUUUGCCUCGCUCUACGGCUUCCUGUUUGGCUGCGUGGUGGCCAUUCACGUCACCUCCAUCGUGGACAUUGUGACCCUGGAGGGAUUCGACAGCGGACUGGGGCUUUUUAUGCUUUUCAGGAGCAUCGGUGGAUUCAUCGGUCCACCUGCUGCAGGCUGGCUGAUGGACCAGACAAACGACUACAGCACUGCCUUCUACCUCUCAGGCGUCUGCUUCAUAUUAGCAGCAGUGUUUGUUGCCCUGGUCGACCACCUUGUUCUGAGGAGAACACUAAUGGAGGCUGAAGUUCAUCAGGCGAUCAUCCAGGACGACUCAGAAGCAGGACAAGUCAAGUGAGACUUUGUUUCAUGAGGAUGCUUACCUUUUUAUGAGCCUGGUUUGUCAUUAACUGUGUCAGUGCCAGCAGAAUCUCAACAAUCAGUAGCACUGGUCCUUUUAUGUAAUCCAUCAUAAAUCUUGAAGACCACUAUUCAAAUCAGAUAAAUCUUUAUUAUCAAAGAAAUAAGUGUGAUACAUCCUUAUAUGAAGCUAAGAGACUUUGAGGGGAUGAUAAAUGGAAGUAGCCUAGGACUGAAAGGGUGGAGAAAGGUUGUUUUUGUUUUUUUACCUUUUAAAACAGCGUUUAGGUAUUUUUUUUAAAUUGUGAUUCUGUGUAAAAACACACAGCAGAGAAAUUGAGCUGACAUGUAUUAGUGUUAAAAGGAAAAUGCUGGUGAUAUUCUUUAUUUUACUGUCAGUAAAUCCCAUUAAAAAGACAUCAGAAACUAAAAAUGUGUUAGUCCGUCUCGCAAUACUGACCCACUUUCUUACUCUGUUACUCAAACAGGAGUAAAAGGACUUAUUGAUGUGUUUUUUAACAAUGGAGCUCUUUGGCACAGAAAAUUAAGAUGCAUCAGGUAACAUUUGUUUUAUGAUUGUUUGUUUUGGUCUUUAAUGUGAUGUGUUGACAAUAAGAAAUGUAUAGAAUAUCUUAGGAGACUGAUCCUUUUAACUGCGUUGCCAUGUGACAGGGCAAAUCGUCAUGGUAGCGAUGCGCUACCUAUUUCAUCUCUCAAAGACUGAGUGCAAAGAUUGCCUGUAUGUGUUUGUCUAGCGUGUCAAUAUGUUCUGUUAAUUAUCACACGGUUUUCAAAUCAUCUGUUAGCCUAGCCAUUCAUCAGAUCCCCCACAGCACAUGUGUCAAACUCAAGGCCCACGGGCCAAAUCCGGCCCCUUGUAGAUUUUGAUCCGGCCCGCAUAUCAAUUUAGGUUCACAAAACGUUUCAGCCCACCUACUUUCUUUUUCGAGCUUUUUUUUUAUAGCUUUUUUGUUACUUUAUAGAACUUUUUUGCCACUUGCCACCAAACUUCUUUGCUGACAUUUUUAGGGCUUUAUGUCGACUGUCAACU